CCUCGCCGCCGCGCCGCGCCUCGCCUCGCCAUGGUGGAGCGCGGAGACGCGGCGCCGCUGCUGCGCUGGGCCGAGGGCCCCGCCGUCUCCCCGCCGCGGGCCCCGGUCCCGCAGGCUGGAGGCCGGGGCUGGGGCGGCGGUGGGGGCGGCUGGGCGGCCGCGGAGCCGCCGAGGAGGCGGGAGCCCGAGGAGCUGCGGCAACCGGGGCGCCUCGAGCUGGGCGACGUGGAGGAGGACCAGGUGGUGGCCGUGUUCGUGGUCACCUUCGAUCCCCGCUCGGGAAACAUGGUGGAAUGGUGCUUACCCCAAGAUAUUGACCUUGAAGGCGUGGAGUUCAAGUCUAUGGCCAGCGGAUCCCAUAAAAUUCAGUCUGAUUUCAUCUAUUUCCGGAAGGGGCCCUUCUUCGGCCUGGCCUGCUUCGCCAACAUGCCGGUGGAAAGCGAGCUGGAGCGUGGUGCGCGGAUGAAGUCCGUGGGCAUCCUGUCUCCAUCCUACACCCUGCUGUACCGGCACAUGCACUUCCUGGAGAACCAAGUUCGACACCAGCUGGAGACCCCGGGUCAUUACUCUCACCUGGCUGCCUUCUAUGAGGACAAGAAGGGGGUGCUCCACGCCGGUCCGGGGAGAGGUGGCAGCCUGCCCCCCGUCUACUGGCUGCCUUCCAUCCACCGAUACAUGUACCCCGAGAUGAAGAUCACACACCCAGCUGGCUGCAUGUCUCAGUUUAUUAAGUUCUUUGGCGAACAGAUCCUCAUCCUUUGGAAAUUUGCCUUACUUCGAAAGCGCAUUUUGAUAUUUUCUCCCCCUCCAGUGGGCGUUGUGUGCUAUAGAGUGUACUGCUGCUGCUGCCUGGCCAACGUCUCCCUGCCUGGCAUCGGGGGCACCGUGCCCGAGUCCAAGCCUUUCUUCUACGUGAACGUGGCCGACAUCGAGAGCCUGGAGGUAGAGGUGUCUUAUGUGGCCUGCACCACGGAGAAGAUUUUCGAGGAGAAGCGGGAGCUCUACGACGUCUACGUGGACAAUCAGAACGUGAAGACGCACCACGACCACCUGCAGCCCCUGCUGAAGAUCAACAGCGCCGACCGGGAGAAGUACCGGCGGCUCAACGAGCAGAGGCAGAUGCUGUUAUAUUCCCAGGAGGUGGAAGAAGAUUAUAACCCUUGUGAAGAGGACCUCUUUGUGCUGUUUUUCCUGGAGCAAAACAACCGGAUAUUUCAGACUUUGUUGGAGGUGUCCGCCAGUCAAGACAAAACUCUGACAGCUGAGCACGCCCGGGGCAUGGGUUUAGACCCCCAAGGAGACCGGAGCUUUCUUAUGGACUUGCUGGAGGCCUACGGCAUCGAUGUCAUGUUGGUCAUUGACAACCCCUGUUGCCCAUAGGAAGGAUGAGCCGCUAUCACGUGGGGAUGGCCUGAUUUCUGAUUGACACACAGGAGUAUUUAUACUUCCAACAAAUGUAGUUUUUGCAUCUCCUUUCUUCCCUUCUUCCCAAGAGGUAAGAUCAGAGCGCCUUGAUUUUGGAGGUUGCUGGAAGCUACCACUUUCCUAGCUGCUGCUGGGUUCAGUCUUGGGAGUUAUCAAAGCAGAUUCUCUCGUCUCCUCGUGAUUGACUUGAGGUGAGGGGGGAAGGCCGCCUAUCACCAGGAGCUCUGGACACCCUGGCUGGACUGUUGGGAAAGUCUGUCUGGUCUCUGUCAUUUGAUGUAUCAAGAAUGAGCCCACAGUCUGUCCAGCGUGGCCUUGCAUAUCCAUCUGCCCAAAGCAGAAGCUAGACCAGAUGGCCUUCCAAGGUUUUUAUCAGUUCUGGGAGUCUUGUCUUGCGAUCAAAUUUCCUUUCUGGUUUAUUAGAGUAAAUCUGUGUUUUCUCUGUUCACAUAGAGACUUCAGAGUGGGACAAAGGAUGUUUUUGUCACCAGGUAUGAAGCUUCUCUAGACAGAGGACAGGGAGUGGUGGCUUCUAAGUCAGCUGAAAACUAAAAUUGUAAAAAUGAAGCCUGGAAACCUUUCUCUUAAGUUAAUGGUGGCCGCUCCACGUCAUAGUUUUGUUUCUCUGAAUUCCCUCCUGGGACGGGCUGGCACAUUCCUCCAGGCCGAUAUCAGCAAGAAUGUGUACCAGUUAGGAGCCUUCAUAAACAAACUUCUUUUUAGCAGAGACAACAUUCGUCGAGCUAGGCAACUGGGACCAGAAACGCACCAGACUCGUUAGAGGUGGCGUGCCGGCACCAGGGGCGCGGCUGGGAACCCCGUGUGUGAGAUGAGUUUCUCUGCUGUGCUCGGACCUGGGAUAGCUCCUGUUGGCCCUGCUUGUUCCCUUUGGCUGGGGUGUUCAGUGGACGUCAGCCGCAGUGAGACAACCACGGUUUGUUAGAGAAGCCUGCUCCUGUGAGUCGAGUAGAGGUCUUCUGGGCCAGUUCAGGAUUUCGACUUGGGGUCCUGGGUUGUUUGUGACAAAUAACUUCUUCCCCUUCACUGUUCCUACCUGACUGUGUUAUUGGAAUAGCUGUCUGUGUAUCUGUGUCCGGGACCAAGUUCUAGCCAGGCUAGUGUCAGAGAGAAAUAACUUUCAAAUGGAUGGAUCAUGUGUCUUGUCUCGAGACUAGCUUUGUAGGGCUUGUUGCUUUAUUCAGAACCAUUCUCACUGCAGCUCCCUGAUACAGAAUUCAAGAUUAAAGAAGUUCACAUGUGGAAAUGCAGACAUUGACUAAUCAAGGGUAGUGUCUUUUAUGUAAAUAUAUAAAUAAGUUUGGGCAUUGAAAUGUAAACUGUACGUUUUUCUUCUCUGUGGGUUUAGCCAUCAUUUCAGUAGUAUAUUUGUUUACAGAAGAAAAAAGGAAUCCGUUUAGAAGCUGAAGCUUCACUGCCUUUUUCCUUGAAGAGUGGCCAUCUCCUCUUAUUCCUGGAGAAGGAGCAGCCUUUGUAACUUGGGUCAAGUAAUGGUUACUGUUAGUAUUAUUGGAAGGUUCAAGGCUUUCUAAGUUGGGAUGGGUGGUCAGAAGUAGGGGUGGGGUAAAAGGAAAGGUCAGGUUCUCUUGGAGGACAGAGGCAGGCCCUCAUUCUGUGGAAUCAGGGAAUUUGUUGGGCAAAUACUCUUUGUAAGCCCUUCUGUUCUAGAGGGCUUCUGCAUGCGAAUGCUUUUAUUUCUGUGCGAUUGUAACUCCAGGCUUAGAUGUGCUGAUGUACAGGUAAUCAGAUGAAAAUGAGAUUCCUGUAUUUCUCUUUGAAUGGCGGGCCCAGGGUGCCUCACCCCUUCUUGUAACUCCAUGCACUUCUAGGCAGCCGUCCAUCUGGCAUCCCCUGGGCUGGGAGUGGCCCUGGGAGAGGGUGCACCCAUGCGGCGGUGCCACGUCUGAAGUCGAAAGCAGCCUGUAUUCGGCUGACUCCAGAGCAGAACCCCUCUGCUACCCCCCGCCAACCCGCCUCCCCAGCAGAGUCCUUUGAAGAGGGUACCCUAGCGCUGGUCCUUCCCUGCAUCGCCAGCUUCCUGGUGAGGCCGGGAAUCUAGCGCAGCGCCCUCUGCUGGGCUGCAGAGCACGCUGUUACCCUGUGUUACCCUCCUCACUGACAUCCCGGAGAGGAGGAUGGAGCCUCUAGGAGUUCACCUUUCGCAGUCUCCCUCCCCCGCUCCCCACCCCCACCUUCUUCCCCAAUCCCUCGGGUGAGCAGCACGCUGGCAUCACUUGCUGCCAGGUCUCUGCAAGGGGAAUUUGUUGGCGAGGUACCAGGCAGGGCUCCCUGCACAAGGACAGCAGAAGCUAGGAGCCACCCAGACCUGCUUUUGUGUCAGAGAAACCAUCUGCUUUUGUUUGGAAGUCACUGGAGAAUGUCCUUCUCUGUCCUCUGUAGAAACAGGGCUUAUUAUAAUACUACUGUGACCUUCGGGAGCUGGCUGGGAACCUCAGGUGUGGGUACAUUGAUUGAUGGUGACCUUCUGUCCCUCUCAACUCUCAGACCUCCUCCUCCCAACUUUGUGCCAGCUGGCUUGGUCCUUCUGGGGAACUUUAAGUCUGAUCUGAUGCCAAGCUGUGCGUGUGUGUGUGUGUUCAGUCAUGUCCGACUCUCGGCGACCCUGUGGCGUGUAGCCCGCCGGACUCCUGUGUCCAUGGUAUUUUUCAGGCAAGAAUACUGGGGUGGGCUGCCAUCCCUCCUCCAGGGGAUCUUCCUGACCCAGGGAUGGACCCCCCGGCUCUUGAGUCUCCUGCGUUGGCAGAAGCUGUGAGCCAUGCCCUAAGCUGGAAACAUUGCUACCUUGAGAAGUGGGGGCCACCGGGUCAUCCUUGGAUGAAGUUAAAAGAAAUUCUAGGUGGUCAGAGUCCUUGUGGGCCUAGAAUCCAGGCUUGGAGUUUGCUGAUGUCUAGUCGGAUAUGACAAAGUUCUGACAAAAUGCAUUUUUUUUCACUUGUGCAGACUUGGCAGAUGGUACUCUUCAGCCUUUGGGACAAUGUCCAGUUGUCCUCUGGGUUAGGACUCUUCUAAAGGAGUCAGAAAUGGUAGGACUUAUCGUUCCCCAGACCAGAAAGUAUGGGGCAAAUAACAGUUCAGAAUUGGCUUUGGCUUUUGCUAAGCAUGAAGCACCCCUUAGGCCUGGCAUAGAUCCCUUCUAAGGUAAGUGCCCAUACAGUCCUCAGUAAGUUAUGAUUGCUGUGGAUUAGGAGGCUGCCUCCGUCAGUCAUCAUGGCAUUGUGUCUUCCAUUUGGCUGGAGAAUGUAAGCUGAAUUCAUUGAUACAUUGAUAGAAAUCAUUUAGCCUAGGAAUUUGCAUUUGUAACUUGUUUGUCCCACGUGAAAAAGAUGGGAAAUUUAAGUAGAGCACAGGGUGCAGAUCAUUCUCAAUACCACAUGUGAAGAGUCAUUGAUCAGUGUAACUACCUGUUUUAGCUAGAAGAUAAAGGUAAAGAUAAAUGAAACCAUAGCUGAACCACUUUUUCAUUCUGGUGGUUAUGAGGGCAAACUUGCUAUUUGUCUUAAUACACUGAAAGCCCUUCAAACAGAGUAAAAAAGAUGAGCUUACUCACCUUUAAACCAAGGCCUUUGGGGAAGCUUUUGCAAAGGGCAGUGAUGUGAAGUUUUCCUUAACCUUUUAAAGGCAGUACAACAACCCUCCAGGAAGAAGGGGAUCUCAGGAACUUGUUUUUGUUUUGAAAUGAAACUACCCAGGUGGUGCAAGUGGCAAAGAAUCCACUUGCAUCUCCUGCUAAUGCGAGAGACAUGGGUUUAAUCCCUGGGUCGGGAAGAUCCCCUGGAGAAGGAAAUGGCAACCCACUCCGGUAUUCUUGCCUAGAAAAUCCCAUGGACAGAGGAGCCUGGUAAGCUACAGUCCAUGAGGUUGCAAAGAGUCAGCCCUGACUCUGGACUGCUAAGUCAAAGAAGGAAAAGAAACCAGAGAGCCCAGGGAAUGAACUGAGGUGCUCUCUCCCAUCCCAGGAGGAUCGUACUCACAGAGGUACGGGAAGCGGGGGGUGCUGCUGAAUAAGACAGUGUUCAGCUUGACCGUGAACUUGCCUUGGUGUGAUGACAAGUUCUCCACCAGGCAGGAAAGUUAGUGAUAUGGGGACCAGUGUGUGUCAAAUGGGCUUUCAUCUCCCCACUAGGCUCCUGGCUCUGGGCCUGGACUCUGAACGGGCCAGCCCUCGGUCUCUCCUCUGCACUCCUGCGGUACCUGUAUGUGGUGCCCUGUGGUGAGGCGCCUCAGCAGGCCAGCCCACCCCUCUCAUUUCAGGAAAGCCCUUUUGUGAUUCAGGUGUAGGGGAAGAGGAGCUCAGGGCUCCUUUUUACUCCUAAGUCAUGGAUGGAUUUUUAAUAUUCCAUUUGUAUUACUAAUAUACCUCUGUUCCAGGAGCUACUGGAGGGCCGAGUGUGGUGGAAAAAGGCUAACUGUGAAUUAAGUUACUGUUUUUCUGAUAAGAAGUGGAAGUUUAUUUUUAUAUUGAUAUGACUAUGUGAUGUAUUGAGGAUGCACAUGUUGAAAUGGAAGGAAAUGUCAAAACAAUAAUCCUGGAAGAAAUGGGCAUAUUGCAAUUUGGAAGCAGCUGAGACCCCCCCCCCCCCUUUUUUUGUUUUUUUUUAUUUAAAUGUUCUGGUGAGUGAAUAAGGACUGUCCUGUGAAAUCUAACAGCCUUUUGAGGAGAUAAAGUUUACAGUCCUAUGGAGGAUGACAUACAGUCACCAACCUUAAUAAGACUCUUUUAUGAAAGUGGGUGAGUGUGAUCAGGCUGAUUGCUAGGCCUCUUAACUGGAGGGAGUCAGAGGUAGUUUUAUAACUCACUUUAGCUCAUUUUUUUGGAGCUGGAAUACAGGGGCUGUUGGAUGAAACUGCACAUUUAGAAAGGAAAUAAUUUUCUAGUACUAUACAGAGAACUGAUGAUGGAGAAGUAAAGCCCUGCUCUCAUCUCUUUAGCAUUUAUUCUAGAAGCUCAGCACUGAAUGGGCUUUUAGAGGUAAUAGGAUCUCAAUUCAGGAAAUGUAUUUAAUCACCAUAAACAGAUGGGUAUGAACCACCUCUCUUUGCUCUAGAAUGCUUCUUUACACUAACGGUACAUCUAUUUUGCUAAGGACAGUUGGGGGAUGCGGAGGUGGGGUGUAGGGUUUUAUGAACUAGCCAGAGAUGAUCCACAAAAUGAAAAAUCCACACACAGGUCACUGAGUUAUCUGGUUGUCAACAUAUAUCGUUGACAUUGGAGUGAAAACUCCUUCCUUUGUCCAAAUCAAACAAAGAUUUUCAGUCUAGCCCUCCAAGACCAGUGAGUAAAGCUGUAGAUUCUGUGCUUUUGAGGAGACUGGGUAGGAGACUUGAGGGGUGUGGGGUAGAGGAAAACAAAACGAACCUCCUUUGUACAUCUCAGGCUUGUUGGCUAAAAUUUUUUUUUUUUAAUCGGUCUGACGAGUAAGUCUUUUCUGAAAAACUUGGGAGAAGUUCUGUGUUUUCCAAGUGUAAGAUCAGCAUAGCCUCCUCGUCGCCUUAAAUGUCAAACCCCUAUUUUGAUUAAUAUCCCAGUGUAAAAGUCAUAGCAAUAAGAGAAACGGAAUCUAGUUUUGUUUCAAGUCUUUAGCUCCUAGGAUGAAAUUAGUAAGACAGUUGAUACAUCUCCCUGAAUGUCCUGCAUCUGGCUCUGCUGUUCUCUCUCGUCGGUGGUAAUCAUUUAGAAGGCCUAAGGAAAGCUGGGGUUCAUCCCAGCGGGUACAUGUUUCUUGAACUGAUUUUGUUCUGUGCUACAGAUAACAUCUGUGUAUAUCAUAUCUGUAUAUAUCUGAACCAAGCUGUAUGCAGAGAGGUUGAUAUAACUAUAUUUACAGAAAACUGUUUUUACGAUUAAAAUUCACAUUUUAACACGAA